GAAUGGGAAGAAAGAAAGGUGAAAAACGCCGAGGAGGCGAAGAAGAGGAAAUGGGAGAACACCGGCCCCCAAGGUUCUAGCAAGAAAGGGAACCACGGGGGAGGUGGGUCUUUCAGAACGCCCGCACCACCAUCUAGGGGAAAUCAAGGCCCAGGAGGGCAAGGCUCGAGGUCGCAAGGCUCGGGCAUUAGCAGGUGCAAUAACUGGAAGAGGAACCACGCGGGCAAGUGCCGCGAUCCCCCUAGGUGCUACCAAUGCGGGGAGACGGGACACUUGAGAUCAAACUGCCCACAACUUGGGCGAGCCAUGGGUGCAGGACCUAGCAGCGGGACUACGGCAAGUAGGAACCGAGCAGGGGCACUUCACGCGAGCACGGCGCACGGAGGGCCAAGUACAAGUAACGCGCCAUCCGUGAACCAAGGCAAGACCCAGGCUAGGGUCUAUGCGAUGACGGAGGCAGACGCACGUGCUAACCCGGACUCCGUGGCGGUUUCAGGUAGAACUUGAAGGUUGCUGCCACCGCCCGUUGCUUCGGGAAGAUCCAAGGAAGAAGACGUGGUUCGUGCUUCUUCCGUUUCUGUUUCGAAAACAAUUUAAAUAAUGCUCAUGGAUAUUGUUUUUUUGAAUAAUUAUUUGGGGGCUUGUACGCCCAUGAUUGCCAAGAUGUGGCACAAACACUUACGUUAAAUGUUUCCGCUGCUAUAAA